UUUUGAAGGGCAGGCCGUUCCCGCCUUUCUCGGGUCUGAGGGCGGCGGGUUUGACGCAGCGGAGCCCCGACGGACGCAGAGCGGAUCGACCUGCGGGGAGAGCGGGAUUAUGCGACGCUGCUGAUCGCUGUGCGGGUCAGAACUCUGUCGGCCGGCGCCUUUGCUCCCGCCUCUGGCCCGUUCCUGUCCUGCCGGCACCCUUUCCGGAGCUCAGCUUAAGUCCCGCCUCCUCCCUCCUUACCCCACCCCCCUCUUCCUACCCCCAUCUUGUGCUGUCUGGCUGGUGUCCCCCCUGAAGACCCCCUCCCAGCAGCUGGGCUGCAACAGCUGUAUGAAUGAAGACGCCCUUCAGGAGCUCGUCAGCCUCCAGGGGACCCCCGGGUGUUUCUGCCAACAUGAUGAAGAAGAAGAACCCGCACAAGAAGCUCCGGACCAGCGUCGGCCCCAGUAAGACUCUGGCUCCGCCCACAAGGAACCUGGUUGGCUGCAGGAUCCAGCACACCUGGAGGGAGGGCACCAAGUCCUCUCAGUGGAAGGGGACGGUUCUGGACCAGGUCCCGGUCCAACCCUCCCUCUACCUGAUCAAGUACGACGGCUUCGACUGCAUCUACGGCCUGGAGCUCUACAGCGACGUCCGGGUGGUGGGGCUGGAGGUGCUGCCCGACAGAGCGGCUCCGGCCCGCGUGAGCGACUCGCUGCUGGCGGAGACGAUGAUCGGGAAGGCGGUGGAGCACAUGUUUGAGACGGAGGAGGGGCCUAAGGAGGAGUGGAGGGGGAUGGUUCUGGCCCGAGCACCCAUCAUGACCUCAUGGUUCUACAUCACCUACGAGAAGGACCCGGUUCUCUACAUGUACCAGCUGCUGGACGACUACAAGGAAGGAGACCUGCGCAUCAUGCCCGACUCCAACGAGGGCGGGGCCGCGGAGCGCGAGCCCGGCGAGGUGGUGGACAGUCUGGUGGGGAAGCAGGUGGAGUACGCCAAGGAGGACGGCGGGAAGCGCUCGGGGAUGGUCAUCCACCAGGUGGAGGCCAAGCCGUCCGUCUACUUCAUCAAGUUCGACGAUGACUUCCACAUCUACGUGUACGACCUGGUGAAGACCUCCUAGAGGCGGGGUCAGUGUGGGGGGGUUGGUUCUGACCCGUGGACGCUGCUGCCCCCCCCAAAAAAAGGUGCCAAGGACGUUGUUGGACACAGUUCCCGGUCAGCCGUAUUUCAUCGGUCCGGUCCAGUCCAGAUUUUGCAGAACUUCAGUGGACCCCCCCACCCCGCAGAGGCAGCCGGACUCUGACUGACCCGUCCCACUUCUCUUUGCUGGGGGGCGGAGCUCCUUCGGGGACAGAGCGGCGUCCGUUCCUGUGGCGUUCCCGGACUCCACUUCUUGUCUUCAAAUGUUUCCCUGGAAUCUGACCGGAGCCGGAAUGUUUUCCAGUCGUUUGAGAAGUGAACAGCCUGGUUCUGGUGGUUCCGGUGGGUCCAGUGGGUCUGGUGGUUCCACUCCCACCCUGGAACCGAUGAGGGUUUGAAUCCCAAAUGGUUGUUUCUGUAACUGGAAGAUUUUUGUUCUUUCUGGACUCUGAUGUUUUUUAUGAGUAGAAACCUGCCGGUCCGGUUCUGAAGGAUCUCUGCAGACAUUCCCGGGCUCCAGGAUCUGGACUGUGAACAUCUUGGAGUUUGUUCAAAUCUGAAUAAAAACCUGAUGCCUGGAACUGGA